UUCCCUCCUGUGCGGCUUCCAAAACCCCGGAAGCAAACCCCUCUGUCCCUCUCUUUCUCCCCCUCUCUCUCCUCCCCCACUCCUCCUGUGGUCAAGAAUCAGCGGUGGAAGAAGCGAAGGAUCUAGAAUGGUGAAGUCUUGCCGAGUUUCUUUCCAAGGUGGUCGUUUAGCAUCAAGAAAGGCAGAAGAAUCUGCCUGCAGACGAUUCCAAGCCGCCAACUGGCUUGAGACAAUGGCCGGACCUCUCGGAUUGCCUCCACAACACUCGGAGCAAGAAUUUGUCUCUUGCCUAAGGAAUGGUCUCAUACUCUGCAACACCAUCAAUAAGAUCCACCCAGGUGCCGUUCCAAAGGUUGUCUCUAAUCCAUCAAUUGGCACUUCAUGGGAAAUCCAACCUUUACCUGCUUAUCAGUACUUCGAAAACGUCCGCAACUUCCUUGUUGCUGUUGAGGAGCUGAAGCUUCCAAGCUUCGAGGCUUCAGAUCUUGAGAGGGAUAUCCUGGAUGCUGGAUCAGUGGCGAAAAUUGUUGAUUGCAUUCUUGCCUUAAAAUUUUAUCAUGAAUGGAGACAUGCUCCAAUUGUUCCACAAUCUGCCGGAAGGAUGCAGUCACACACCAUCUCAUCAAGCUCAGCCUCUCGUAGACAUUUAGACAUGUUGACCACCUCUGAGAAACAACAACCCUUGCAGAAGGAGAAUCAAAAAUGUGAAGAUGCAAUGGAUUCACUUGUGAGAGUUCUAUCUGAUCAUAUGUUCAAUUCAAAGGAAAACAGCGUUCAGUACCUAAAAUCAUGGAAUCAGGAAGAAAAGGAUCCAAUCAAGCUAUUCAUUAAAAUCAUGUCAAGUAGUCUGGAAGAGCCACAGUUGAAAUCAAUGCUUGAAGAUCUCAUGUUGGAAGGGGCUAUGCCGAUCGAUGGUCCAACAACAACUCAAGAUCACAAGCAUUAUAAAUUGUGCUUGGGGAAAAGUGAUUGUUAUCAUUGGAAUCUCUUGGAAGCACAAGAAAAUAAACUAAAGGAGCUCAGGACUUCACUAUUGAACAUCAGGGUUGAAUUCACAACUCUGCAGACCCAAUUAGAAAAUGAUCUUGCACAACUAGGAAUCCAGAUUCAAGGGAUAUCUGCUGCCGCUCAUGGGUAUCAUCAAGCCGUCAAAGAAAACCGGCAUCUUUAUAACAUGCUUCAAGAAUUAAGAGGAAAUAUCCGAGUAUUUUGCAGGAUCAGGCCAAUGUUCAAUGAGGAAGCAAAAUGUACAAUAGACUACAUUGGAAGUGAUGGUUCAUUGAUGGUUAUUGACCCAGCUAAACCACAAAAUGCACGCAAAAUAUUUCAGUUUAACAAAGUUUUUGGCCCAACUGCUACACAGGAUGAAGUAUACCGGGACACCGAAGAUCUAAUAAGAUCUGUCAUGGAUGGCUAUAAUGUAUGCAUAUUUGCCUAUGGUCAAACAGGAUCUGGUAAAACACAUACCAUGUGUGGCCCAUCAAACAGAUCAAAUAAAGACAUGGGAAUCAAUUACAUGUCGCUGAAUGAUCUAUUUCAAAUAUCAAGUACUAGGGAGGAUGUAAAAUAUGAGAUUCGAGUUCAGAUGGUUGAAGUUUAUAAUGAGCAAGUUCGUGACCUUCUGGUUGCAGAUGCAUCAAACACAAAGUUAGAAAUUAGGAGUUGUUCAAGCGAUGGUGGGCUUAGCCUUCCAGCUGCUAGCAUGCACCUUGUGCAGUCUACUGCUGAUGUUCUUGAUCUGAUGAAAUUGGGUGAGAAGAAUCGUGCAUUUAGCUCAACAGCAAUGAACCAGAGAAGCAGCCGCUCUCACAGCGUAUUGACGGUACAUGUGCAUGGUCAAGACAUUUCAGACAGCACUACUAGCAGUUGCUUGCAUUUGGUGGACCUUGCUGGUAGUGAGAGGGUGGAUAACUAUGAAACCACAGGAGACAGACUGAAGGAUGCACACUGUAUCAACAAAUCUCUUUCCUGUUUGGGAGAUGUCAUUACAGGCUUAGCGCAGAAGAAUCCUCACAUUCCAUAUAGAAAUAGCAUGCUCACCCAGUUGCUACAAAACUCACUAGGUGGAAAUGCAAAGAUUUUGAUGUUUGCUCAUGUGAGCCCAGAAGCUGAUUCUUAUGGGGAAACAAUCAGCACGCUGAAAUUUGCCCAAAGGGCAUCCACUGUGGAACUUGGAGCUGCUCAGUUGAACAAAGAAAGCAGUGAGAUCAGGGAACUCAAAGAGCAGAUGGACAGUCUCAAGAAGGCAUUGGCAAUCAAGGAAGCUGAGAAGGCUAUGCCUUCACAAAAAAUGAAAGAAAAUUCUCCAGACUUGGACAGAUCAAAACAAAUCACAGAGCAGAACCCUCCAAGUGCACGAAGGUUGAGCAUUGAGAAUCCUACUGCUCCGAAGAACCCUCCACGUGCACGAAGGUUGAGCAUGGAGAAUCCUACUGCUCCGAAAAAUGGAACAGUGAACAACCCAGAUGGAAGAAAGAUGCUGAAGUCCCCUAUAUCAGCACUUAAACUUCCUACAGACUAUGCUCCAAUUUAUAACCGGAGGUUGAGCUCAGACAGUUCCAUGCGUGAAAAGAAACAGGAAGAAUUUAAAACUGCAGCUCCAAAUAUUUAUUCAGAAUUCUCUGAAGGAGAGACAUUUAAAGAGAACAUACUUUGUCAUCAAGUGGAAAUUCAAGACUCUGCUGAUGCAAAAGCGAUCUUGGAUAACGAGAAUUGUUGCAGUAUAGUUGCUGCAGAGGCAUUCCAUCAAUGCUCUCCUGGUACUUGCAAUUCUUCUUGCUGCAGUCAGCUGCCAAAGAUGGAGAGCAGAUCUCAAAUGCAUCUCCAUCAGAAAACCUCUGAUCCAGCAGCAAAAUUGGAUGAGCUAGUGACAACUCCAGAUGAGAUUAGUUUUGUUACAAAAUCUCAGACAAGGAGCUCCAGUAUUAAUGCUAGCAGAAGAGGAUCUUAUAUAAGGAAAUCUCUACAGAGCACUGGAAAAUUUAUUCAUGGCUCCCGAAGAAGGAACAUCCAGUGUCCAUCGGAAACACCUUCAAAUUUUGCUAAAAGCAAUGAUAUUGAUGUAAAGUCACCAAUUACUGCUGAUGCCAGGUUAAAAAGGAGGCAAUCAUAUCCCAAUGUUCAGGGACUGGGUUCGAAUGUUCCACGGAGAUCUUCUCUUGGUGGGACAUCAGUGGGUUCAUGUUCAAGUGAUUCCCAAAGUGCAAGGUCUCCAUCCAUCCAGUCCUCUACGAAGGCUAAAAAGAGAUGGUUAUGACUCUAAUGCUACUGAAAAGGAUAGCUCCUAAUUUGUUUGAUGCUCUGUUAUUUAUGUAUUGCACUAGUGAUUGCUUCUUCUUGAAGCUUUUGGAGGAAGAUUUUUGGAAGCACAAUUUUGUUGAUUAAAGAAGCAUAUAAUAUUCUCCAUUAUUACUGAGAAGCCCCUGUCUGUUGUAAUGGUAACUUUCAUCAAUUGAUUCUUUUAAUUUCCCAACCAGAAAGCAAUUUUGCCUCUGACAAUCUUAUUGAGAAACAUAUUGGGUCAC